AUGGCUACCCCAGCGACCAAGACCAACAACACCGUCGAGAUCGAGCUGGUCCCCUGGGAUUAUUGUUCCGCGCCGCACGUCGAGCGCAUGGUCGAGCAGCGCAGGUCGGCCGGCUGGAUGGCCGAGGCCGUGCCGUCGUGGGUGGUGCGCGCCGAGGCCGGGGGCAUGGAUAUGUUCUGGGUGGUUCUCGCAGACGCGACACCAGGCCGGGAGGAGAUGCUCGAGGCGCACGGGAGCAGGUACCCCAAGGAGAAAGAGCCCCUGAAUGACACGGCAACGACGUUGUACUCCAACCCCCGCGAGCCCACAGGCCGCGCCUUCGUGGCCAUCGGCCACGUCUCGCUCAACCCGAACCCGUCGCCGGGCAAGGAGUACUACCUGGACCAUCUGCCUAAGGAGCACUGGAUCACAGCCCUCUACACCACCUGGGCGCUCCAAAGCCGCGGCAUCGGCCGCGCCGUCAUGGCGCGCCUGGAGGCCAUGAUGGUCGCGCCGCCCCUAAACGGCGCCGUCGCGGCCCUCGACGCCAUCAAGCCCGAGAUCAUGCGCUCCGAGUUCGCGCUCCGGACGUACUACCAGCGGCUGGGGGUGCCGGUGCCGAAGAUGUCCAACCAGGAGUGGUACCAGCGCCAGCGCUACGAGUUCGUCGGCGAGUUCCCCGAGUCCGAGGUGGCGACCAUGCCCGACGGCGACGAGAUACAGGCGUCGUUGAUGCUGAUGAUGAAGAGGCUGAAGUGA